GCUCUCUCCCCACACGUCAGCAUAAUCGCAUCGCAACUGCCAAAUGCGGGGCUUGCACUCGAACUUACAAAAAAGCAGGCUAAAUCAAACAAACAGCGAAAUUUAACUGGAACCCUCAGAAAUUAAUGCCUGUGGGAAAAUCCGAGGGGCCACUGCGAUCCAGAGCCAACUUGUUCAGAACUCACCCGUCAUUGACCAUCAUCCUCUCGCUCCUGAUCCUGAUCCUGGCCAUCUUCACCUCCGCCAGCACCAGCGUCAUCCCCCGCCUCGGCCUGCUCUUCGGCCACCUCACUCCCCGACACACCCCGGCCACCACCACCCGCCACGUGACAACAGCAGCAACAAUGACCACCAUCUACGCCGCGGAGCUGGAAGUCGCGCAGCUGGCCGUGCAGCGCGCGGCGCAGCUGACCAAGCGCGUCUUCCGCGAGAAGGGGACCAAGGGCGCGGUGGCCAAGGACGACGCGUCGCCGGUGACGGUGGGCGACUUCGGCGCGCAGGCGCUGAUCAUCGCCGCGCUGCGCGCGCGCUUCCCGCACGACGCCAUCGUCGCCGAGGAGGAGGCCGCGCCGCUGCGGACGGACGCGGCGCUGCGCGAGCGCAUCUGGCGGCUCGUGCGCGAGACCCGCCUGGACGACGUCGCGGCCGAGGGGCUGCUGGGCGGCGCGGUCGCGGAUGUGGAGGACAUGCUGGCGCUGAUUGAUCGCGGGAAGAGCGAGGGCGGCCGGCGCGGCCGGGUGUGGACGAUCGAUCCGAUCGAUGGGACCAAGGGGUUUCUGAGGGGCGGGCAGUACGCGGUGGCGCUGGCGCUGCUGGAGAAUGGGGAUGUGAAGGUGGGCGUGCUCGGGUGCCCGAACCUGCCGGUGGACGAUGCCGCGCCGUUGACGGCGGAUAUCGGCGCCAACCAGACGGAUGAGGAGGGGAGGGGCGUGAUCUUCUCGGCGGUCAUCGGGCAAGGGGCUUGGAGCAGGCCGCUGGGCACGGGCGCGCUGGCCGAGGGCAAGCGGAUCUCGAUGAAGCCGAUCACGGAGAUGUCGAGCGCGAGCUUCUGCGAGAGCGUCGAGGCGGGCCACUCGAACCAGUCCGAGGCCGCGCAGAUCGCGCAGAAGCUGGGCAUCACCAAGCCCAGCGUCCGGAUGGACUCGCAGGCCAAGUACGGCUCCAUCGCCCGCGGCGCGGGGGAUAUCUAUCUGCGUCUCCCGACGUCCAAGACAUACCAGGAGAAGAUCUGGGACCACGCGGCGGGCGACUUGAUCGUCAGGGAAGCGGGCGGUCAGGUCACGGAUACCAAGGGGCAACGGCUUGACUUCGGCGUCGGCAGGACGCUGGCGACCAACAGCGGUGUGGUUGCGGCGCCGGCGGCAGUUCACGGCCAGGUUCUAGAGGCUGUUCAAGAGGUUCUUGGGCUAAAAUGAAGCAGUUCCCCUUGCGAUGCGACAUCUGAUAGUGUACAUAUUCUAUGGCACAGAUACAGCCACACCAA